AUGGGCAAGAUCGACUACAGCAAUGGGAUCUCAAUCCUCCAACUAAUUAUCUACUUCCCCGCCAUCUUUGUCUCUAUCUUCCUUGUCUUCCGCCAUGGCAUCCGCACAAACAGCGGUUUCAUCUUCCUUACUGUCUUCACUCUCCUCCGCAUCAUCGGCGCCUGCUGUGACCUCGCAACAAUCGACAACAGCUCAACAUCACUAUACACCACCUAUGCUGUCACAAGCUCAAUCGGUCUGACUCCAAUGCUGAUGGCCUGUUCCGGACUUCUCUCUCGAGCCGACGGUUCCAUCAAGAAGGUCACAGGCCAUGGUCUCCCAGAGCUCCCAACUUUCCGCGCUUUCCGUCUUCUCAACAUCGUCGCCUUGAUCCUCUGUAUCACAGGUAUCACCCUGAACAUGGGAGACAGUGGCGAGAUCAAGCCGUCCAUCGAAGCAAAGAUCGGCAUGAUCCUCUACAUCGUCGCCUGGGUUUUCAUGAUCCUCCUGCUCGGAAUUCUCAACGCUCGCCGUGGCGGUCUCGAGCCCGGUGAGAGCCGUACUCUGCUCGCUGUCGCCAUUUCCUCGCCGUUCAUCCUUGUCCGUGUGGUCUACGGUGUCCUCGUUUGGUUCCUGGACAACAAGACCUUCGGCAUGGUUGGUGGAAACGAGACCGUUACUCUGGUCAUGAGUGUCCUGAUGGAGUUCGCUGUUGUCAUUACCAUCCUUGGUAUUGGUGUCACCCUUCGUGUGCGUGGAAGUGAGCACCAGGUUCUUGAUAAGGAGCGUGGCCUUCAGUCUUCUCGGUCUUAA